AUGUCUGUUACGAAUGAACCGAAAGACGAAAUCGUACAAUUCGUGUUUUUCAAGACUGCCGGUGAUAUUCCGGUAGAUUUGUUCCAGCAAUCUUGGAUUGAAGCAGCUGAAGAGUUUUACGCUCGUGGCGUUAGUAAAGUGAUCUUCUCUGAGAAACUAGCGCUAAAUGGAGAUUUAAGUCCUUAUAGAUUUAUUUCAAAGAAUUUCUGGGCAUCACUGGAGGCAUUCAACUGUUCGUUUCCCAAAGGGUUGCCAUCCCCGAGUAGUAGAGGACAUGUGACUGUCUCACAGGUAUCGCUUAUGAAUAAUUACUCUAUUACCUGUAAGAACCAAAAAAAAAAAUAGAAAAAAAAACCGAAGAACCUACUUCUGACGACAGUAUCUAUCAGUUAUCUGAUAGUGAGUUUUCAUUAUUAUAAUCAAAUUCAAACAGACUCAGAAGCAUCCAUUAACUAGGGGUCUUUCUAUGGAGAAAUGGAAAGUUCAAUGAAAACCAACUGUUGUAAUUAUUUCUUUAAUGUUACAGGCUGGAAUAUUCAAGCUGGAACAUAUGGUUAAGGCAGAUGGUUCCAAGGUUUUACUUGAUUCCAUCUACAAAGCUGGUUUUAAGGCUAUGACACUGAUUCCUCUCUGUGACCAGUCUUUGCCGAAAGCAACUGUUUUAGAAUAUGCUGAUUUUCUUGUCAGCUUGAAAGGUUUUGAGACUCUUGGUGUCUAUGAGCUUAACAGAAGUUCUGGUCCACACAAAGAAUGGCUGUAUGAAUGGAUUAUUGAAGCUAUUUUCAAUUCUAUUAACACUACUCCAGAAUCAGUCCUCAAGGAUUUGAUGAACUGUCCAAAGGCAGAUGCAAAAUGGGAGAAAAGCAUUCAUGAGAAUUACAUGCAGAUGGUUGCAUCUUGAGUACUUGUAAAACUUGCCUCUUAACCCUUUAACUCCUAAGAUCUCAUUAGUAAUUCUCCUUACUGUCUACCAUACAGUUCUUGUGAUGUUAGUUAGGAGAAUUUGGUAAUGGAUCAAUCAGUAGGUCCCUAAAUAAGAUUUUUCUUUUUUCUCAUUACUUGUCUGCUUGAUAUUGUUUCGAUAUUGUAUGGAGAAGUUCUAUCUUGGUCACUCAUGGGAGUUAAAGAGUUAAAAAAACAAUUUUUCAUAGUGUCAAUAAACCUUAUUUCCUGUUUAAUAGAUUAAUUUCUGACAAGUUUUGUUUCUGUGGAAUCACGGUUUACUUUACCUGGACAGCACUGGUUGAAUUUGAAAACGUAUUUUUAUUCCUUCCUAUGGAUGUGUUUACUGUCUACGUAUAAAUUUUCUACCUAAAAUGUAGUCGUUUCGAAAACACUCCUCGAAGUUGAUAAAUUUGAUAAAUGCCGACCAAGCGUUCUUCAGUGGUGCAAAAAUUUUCUGUGAACGGACGCUUUCGUGAAAGUUGGCGUAAGUGGCUUUGUGUUUAUUGUGCGCAAGCCUAAAGAUGCAUUUCUUGCUGGUGAUCGUUGUAGUGUGAACAGGAAACAUUUAAUUCGUUUCGUAGUGAGUUAUUUUUUUCCCUUUUUUUACACAACCAAUGUCUUCAUAGGUUCAGAUUUCGUCAUUUACACACUGACUCAAUAUAUUUUUCCGUAAGCGGCUGCAGAUGGUGAAGUAAGCGGCUGUGACCGGAAAAGGCUCCUUCCUCGGGGAAGGUCUGAUGAUCACAAGUUCCUCGAGUCCGAGGAUUAGAGGGAAUUUCAUCCCUGUUGACAAGUCCUCUUAUGACCAUGUGCGGGCUGAUCCUUGAUCUGCACACUCUGUCUCACUUGUGCAUGGAAUCCUUGGACAAAGGGGGAGGGGGGAGACUCUGGGCAUUCUCAACAGACGGUGGCAAGAGGUCCUAUGGCAAGCUAAGAUUCGAAGCUAAACUUUGAAUAAAGCUUUUAAGAAUCACUGAACCAAUUACCAUAUAAUUGUAUUAGGUCGACGAUCACGCCGCAACUAAAAGCCGAAGAGGCCGCUCCGCGUCGAAAGGAGUGACCCGGAAACGAUCGACAUGCGGAAUACCUAUCUCAGAUAAACACGUACGAAAAUGUGAAACAAAACUAGUAAGAGGCACCACACCUACGGGACCCGGUAAAAGAAAACCCGGACAGAAGCGGUGAACGGCUUCUCUUAUGUAGUAAACCCAGAAAUGGAUAACUCGCUAAGAUGGCUUCUUUUCAACAUAGUAAGCGGUCAGACAACAAGCGAUGCACUGUACGUGGAAGUAAAGUGAGGUGUUUUUAUGGAGACUUUGACUGUAUUUUUUUAUUCCCAAGAGCGGUCGUAAAUAUUCCCAUACAAAUUUUUAUAAUUUCGCCAUGACUCUUACUUCGCAGGAUGAUCAUCUCACAGCUGAAGCUUGGGUCGCCUGUGGAAGACGCAGUCGGGACUGCUAAUUGAAAAUAAGAUACAAACAAAAAAUAAGCCUUGAAUUGAGUGUGUAAGUAACUGCACGUCCCACAGCUGUACACGGAUCGCUGAGAACGUUACAGAUCCCGAUGAAGCCUCCAAAAGGGCUGGAAAACCUAAAACGAAGGAAAGAUGGAUCAAAAAUGAUUGUCAAAUUGAAACAUCAGGGACAGUAACAGCAUGUAAAUUGGCGUGGUGCGCGUGUGCUAAAAAUUUAUCUCUUCCAGCAAGGCCGAACGAAUCCCAGCGAGAGAGAAGGUCUACAUAGCAAUUCGAGACACCGGGAACGUGAACAGCACGAACUUCGAAUUCGUUAAUAGCCGCAAGAUAACAAGAUAGCAUUUAUUUCUGUCGAUUUCACCGCCGUAUCAAAAGUAACGCUACCACAAUGCAACGCAAUCAGAGUGCGCUCACCGCCUGGCCGCAAAAAGCCUAAUGUUAUGUACACAGCGUUGCUAUUGGAAGAACAUUUCCGAUAUAUUCUCAAUCGUGUUGUAAAUUUACUUUACUAAGUAAAAGGAAAUUAAUUAAUCGCGAGUAUUGUAUGGUAAAUCUUCUAUCUCGAUCAUUGAAUGAAGGACAGUUGAAUUAAAGCAGUAAAAGGAAUCACCUGACUAAUGAAUAACUUUACAUUGCGCAAGGCGACACGCCAGGUAAGCCGAAAAACAAAGGCAUUCGACCGUUAAAAGGUGUUGAUAGGCUUGUGCAACUCAUGCCAUUCGCUAGCGCUUUGAAACCUUUCGCCCUAAAAGUUUAGCUGUUAUAAGGAUACCUUUAAAUGAUUUUCCUUUGCUAUGUGAUGAUAAGGGUUAGUUCAAGGUGUCAUUUCCCCAUCUGUAUGUUCUUGAGGUCUGGCAAGACUGGAUGAGAUUGUGUUACAGAGGGAAAUAUGAAUUUUCUUCUGCGUAUGUCUGUUAUUUUUAAAUGUACUUUCUGUCCCGCAGAAAAUGACUCCGGAGAUACGUUUCUAAAAACCUUCAUAUAGGUGUCCUCUAUUCUUUAAGCGUAUUAUGAAACUCUUUACUUUUUUUAUAAAACGUGGAGCGUGACGAAUUCGUUCUUAGCAGGCGAAGGGCUUCCUCUUUUAUGAAUCCCGUAUUUACGCCAAGUGGAUGACACGAAAAAAAGUUCGUGUAUCAGGUGUGUGUCUCGUUGUAAUGCGUGAAUAAAUAACUCGCGUCUAGGAAUGUAUUUUCUGAAUUUGCUAUUAUUCAAACAAGCAUCGGCUGUGAAUGUAACUGCUGCCAUUUGUGUAAAUUCUUAGGCUAGACUGCAGUUUCGAUUCUUUCUGAAUCUCGUCAGUUGCCUCCUAAGAGCGAAUUCGAAAGAACAGCAACAGACAGAUUCCACAUUACAUUCCACGUUUAUUCACGCUAUCUCGCUGCCACCAAAGAUGUUCACUCGACCGCGCCAGGAUGCAAAUGACUCACUUUUUGUCUUACGACCAUGAUGCAACGCGAUCAGAGUGCACACACCGCCUGGGAAAUACCUGUGGGGCAGACACUGUCUAGUCGCUAAUCCAAAUGUAAUUUUGAGUUUUGGUUCCCUAACGAAGACGACAAUAUGACAACAAUUGCUUUACUAUGCGGAAUGCACUAUGUCAAAAGUCAUAAUGUUUUUCUGGCGAAAACUGGACAAAGAAGCGAAGUUAGGAAGCUUUUAAAAGAACAUUUACCGCCCAUGGUUCAGAGGUCGCUUGCUGUGCGCCGUAACAAACCUUAUUUCAAUAUUUUAAGUGUAGGAAGUGGAACAGGGGAAACAGAUGUGGAAAUCUUAAAAAUAGUGAAGAAAGAAUUACAAAAAAGCGAGCGUAACCGUCACAUGAAGAUCCUCAACCGAGCAAUCGAGCCCAACAAACAUUCGUGCGAUCUCUACAUGGCGACCAUUGAAAGCUUGCCAAGCAGUCUUCCCGAUGAAAACCCUAUAGAAAUUGAACUUUGUCGGCAGACAUUUCAAGACUACAAGAAGAUGAAGUGCAGCCAUCAGCAGGAAUUAGUAAAGUUUGACUUGGUGCAUUUCAUCCACAGUAUCUAUCAUGUCGAAGUUGAAGAGGCUCUGCUUCAUUUUUUUGAGAAAGAGUUGAACGAGACGGGAAUCUUACUUUUCAUCGUCCAAGGGCAAGACCUUAUGGACUGGGUUAAGUUGAAGCAAAACAAGCACUGGGCUGGAAAAGAAAAACCCAUCGAAAAAAUUAUCAAAAUUGCUUCUGAUAAUGGCUGGAAACAUGACGUGUACACGGAAGAAUAUUCCAUCGACGUCACCGAAGUGUUUGAUGAGAAAUCAACAGAAGGAAAUCUACUCCUUGAUUUCCUGACACACACUGAGCAUUUUCGUGAGAAAGCAGACAAAAAACUUGUGGAAGAAACGCUUGAACUUAUCAAGGAUCUGACCAUUUUGAAAGACGGGAAAAGACUUGGAGAGAAAAAGGAAUUGCUCAUUAUCAUUUCUAAGUAG